CUAGAGAAUAAACUGAUAGGACGUCAAACAUUUACGCAUGCGUACUUUGAAACCGUUCCGUAGCAACGAAGAAGAGAGAAAAGAAAACAUGUCUGAAGUUGAAGAAAUCCUGAAGAGAAUUCAGUCACACAAAGGUGUAAUUGGCAUUAUUAUUGUCAAUCAAGAAGGUAUUCCAAUUAAAUCAACAAUGGACAAUUCAACGACAGUCCAGUACACCGGCCUGCUUCACCAGCUUAAUGCAAAAGCUCGCAGUACUGUGCGGGAGAUUGACCCACAAAAUGACCUGACAUUUUUAAGGAUUCGGACCAAGAAGCAUGAAAUAAUGGUUGCUCCUGAUAAGGAAUACUUCUUGGUUGUUAUACAAAAUCCGUCUGAAGGAUAAUUGCCAGACUUGUUACCCCGGGAAACAUUGCAAGAUCUGCAUAAGAAUUGUAUAUAGAACUAUAUAUUAAAUUAACAAUGAAAUAGAUUGCAGAAAAUUCACAGGGGGAUAAAAUCAAAUAAUAAGGCGGUGAUCAACUUUGGACUCAUUUUUAAUAACAUCACUGAAUAUUGUUGAGUCACAAAGUGUAUUGCCCUAGAUUAACAUUGUAGGGGAACUGUUGCAAUCUGCUUGAGAUACUUUCUGCGAGGGCUGCACUUGUGUCAGCCUUGCUUCAAGUACUACAAGUGUAUAUUUCAAAGGAUUUUUCCUAUAAAACUGAUAAAUAUACAGUGUUUACAUUUUUUGUAAUGUAUUUGCAUUAUAGUUGAAGUUAAAAAAUACUGUAGGUUUGUUGUGUAUAUUGAACAAGUACACUACCCAUCAUUUUAUUCAACAUUUCUAGAAUAUUUGAUUGGUAGUGUUAUUGCAUUUGAUGUUUCUUCUUCUUUUUUCCCCUUUUCUAUUAAUAUUUCAGAUGUACAUUCUUUCAAAUUGCACAAUUUACACAUACCGUAUUGCAUGUUUAAUGUAAUUUGUUUUUAUUGGCUUGUAAAAUCUUCAGAAAAAAUAAAUUCAACUUUUUGAUGGUCAUAUAUAUACAGUGCCUGUAUGAUUUGGUUCUGGUUGUGAUGUUCUGAUGGUUAUGAGAAUACAGUAAAGUAUACAGGUCUCCCUCCAAUUAAAGACCACUUUUGUGACUGAGGUUUCCAUGAUCUUUAGCAGCUUUGUUCUGUAUUUAUAAUAGGAAAGGCAGAAGACAUUUGUUAAUUUGGGACCACAGAAAAGUGUUAUUUAUUGGAAGGGUCUUUAAUUAGAUGGAGACCAGUAUUACAUAUAAUAAACUUUAGUGAUAGUGAUCUCCCAGCAACAGAGUAAGUUGCAUUGCUUACUUACAGUACAGUACAAUUGGAAAUCUGUUCAAUCUUUUUAAAGUUAACUGGAAAAUAGAUGACAGAUUUUGUAUAGUGUGUGUUGCUAUAUUUCAAUUAAGUUUUAACAGACCAAAUAAAUUUAAAUUUUUUUGUUAUUCAUACAGUACAUAGGUAUAUCCUUUGCGACAAUAAAAAAAAAUAUGUCCAUA